UUCUCAAUUUUGAAUUUGUAAACUCCAAAGAUAAAGUUUCUAAGUUAAACUUAUUUCUAAAAAACCUUAAUUGGCUAGAAUUAAGAAAAAAUUUACAUAUUAUUGAUGGAAGUCAUGGAGAAAUCACCUUUGACCAAUUGAUUAAUGGAAUUACUAGAAGUAAUUUUGUUACAUCUGAAAAUGUGAACGAUAAAGCGAGACAGUUUUAUUUGUUUUUAAGUUGCAAUCUUUCUAUGACACUAAGAGAACAUACAGACUAUGUAAAAAUAUUAUGGACAGAAUGUAAAAAAUAUCCUGACACAAAAAAAGGUUGUAAGGAUUUUAUAGUAAGAGAAUUUAUUGCUUUUACAAACUUUAUUGCAGAUUGGCCGGCUGCAUUUUCUUCUUUUUCAAAUUACACUGAAAUGGAACUUAAAAAUAACAUUAAUUCUUAUGUAGAUAUAGUGUAUUAUUUAGCUUCAUUAUAUAAACAUAGUGACAAAGAUUUAGAUGAAAAACUCGAUGAAUUAGAUAAUAAUGUUCGAGAUUUUAUGAACAAUAACUGUAGACCAAUACAGCCAACUCCUUCGUUAAUAAUCGAACAGUACCGUAAGCAAGUUGAAAAUAGGCCUAUUGGUGAAACUCUUUUGAAAGUCAAAUUUCAUCUUGAUAUAACAAAAAUAUUAGUAUUAUCUAUUUUGUUGAAAUUUGACUUCCUACAUUCAAAAAAAAAUUCCUCAAUGAUAAUUUUUAAUUAUAAAAUUAAUUUUAAUUUAGAAAAAUUUUUAAAAUACUCACAUUUCAAAGAAUUAAGAGACAGUUUGCAUAUUUAUGACGGAAAUAAUGGAGAAAUUACCAUGGACCAAUUGUUUGAUGGAAUUGAAACAAAAGAUUUUGUUACACCUGAAAAUAAUGACGAUAAAGCCAGACAGUUUUAUUUGUUCUUGAGCUGUAAUCUCUCUAAGAAAUUAAAAGAAUAUACAGAUUUUUUAAGAGUAUUGUGGAUAGAAUGUAAAAAGCAUACAGCAGAAAAACAAAAAUGUAAAAAACAACUAAUAAUGGAAUUUGAUUCUUUCACAAAUUUCAUUGAAGAUUGGCCGGCUGCAUUUUCUACUUUCUCAAAUUAUACUGAAAUGGAACUUAAAAAUAACAUUGAUGAAUUCGUUAUCAUAGUUUAUUAUUUAACUUCAUCAUACAACAAGAAUGACAAUUUUAUAGACGAAAAACUCGAUGAAUUAUAUAAUAAUGUUCGAGAUUAUAUGAAUAAUAACUGUAGACCAAUACAGCCAAAUCCAUCGAAUGUAGUUGAAUGGUACAACACGCAAGUUGAAAGAGAAAUACCUAGAGACGAAAUAAUCGCAAGUAUUAAAUAUUCUCUUUAUACCAUAAAAAUAUCAGUAAUGGAAAUGUUUUUGAAAUUCGGUUUCUGGCAUANAAUAUCAGUAAUGGAAAUUUUUUUGAAAUUCGGUUUCUGGCAUACAAUAAAGAGUGUACCUAAAAUAAAGAUAUUAGAUCUUUGA